CUUACAGUGCUGUAGAAUUCAGAAUCGUAGACCAUCCGCGGUUUUAGGAAGUAAACGGCGAUAUAAAUCUACGUACAGUUAUAGACGCAUCCCACUAACCCAGGCAAACAAGAGAUGCAGGAAACUCGCUCAGUAGAGCACAACGUAACUUUUACAGCAACUAACAUGAGGUUCUAUAUUUCCUGUAUGUUCGUAAACCAAAACACAGUAGCGCACAUCUACGAGAUGAGCUAUGCGUUUGUGGAGAUAAAUAAUACAAAUGGAGGCCGAUAGUCAGCAAAAAUGCAAGCAUUAUGAUGCUUUCGCAUGUUUAGAAUCUAAUUACAAUGAUUGUAGACGACACUAAAGUAAAUAAAACCGACAAACAAACUCUCCACGUCAUCUCGUGUCGCCACAUACUCACAAUGCAGCUUCGUUAUUUACAAAGGCAUAAUGGUGUGUACUGAACUAGUGACCCCUCCUCAAAAUUGAUGUGAAUCAACUUCGGUUUCGAUUUCCGUGAUACGACAGCGUAUAACUAGUCGAACCUCCCAGAUAACACGGAAUUUCUGUGGUACAAUUCAGUCUGUCUAGCGUACCAAAAACUGGAGUCACGUACAAUUAAAUGAGACCUGAGAGAACAAUCGGCUAGUGUGGUUGAGAAAAAACACGGCUGGGACAGGCGAGAAAGUGGUCGUAGCCUAUUUUAGACACUUUUCAAGCCCUCUGAGGCAGGAAAGCCGCACUGCGACUAGAUUCGACUACUCUUCACUGCAGUGUCGUGGCCAACAUGUCUCGCCUCACUGUGAUCAUGCUUUGCUUCGCAACCGGCAGUCAAGCCAGAGACUUCUUAACGAUGGCUUUCAUCGGCGCGGCCUUGCGCUUCCGGACUCCUGCGGCCCCCGUCAGCGCGUUCAUAUGUUGGGAGACAGAAAAUGUCCAUGGAUUUGUGCGCUAUCUGUCAGAGAAGAACGUUUUACUCUCGACUCAAACGACUGUCCAAGAUUCUGUGACUCAGCUCCGAGCAACAUCGAGGAACAGACACGUGACAUUCGUUGUGGACAUGGCCUGCCAGGGAACGAGCGCUAUACUUAAAGAGGCAAAUUCACUGGAUCUGUUUCGUACUCAGUUCCGAUGGCUGCUUCUAGAGGGCUCCAAGCUUUCAGACACAGAUAUGUUGCUGGGUCUGAAUUUGCUGCUGGACAGUGAUGUCGUGGUCGGGCGCCGAGUCUCUGAGAACAGGUUCAGGCUGAUGGAAGUCUACAAACGAGGAACUCGCGAGGGUUUGGUCUGGGGCGAGACGGGUACCUGGCAGCUCGAUGCCGCGGGCGUUGAGCCUACCUCGUCGCAUAUACUGUCAGUUCGGAGGACGAAUAUCCACAAAUCGGUCCUCAAGGCCGUCAUGGUGGUCACCAACAACGACACCCUGAACCACCUGUCCGACACCAUAAACAAACACAUCGACACAAUUACAAAGGUGAACGACGUCCUGUUCCAUCACAUCGUGGAUGUUCUUAAUGCAAGUGUGGAGACGACCGUAGUUGACACCUGGGGCUACCCGGACAGCGCCGGGAACUGGAGCGGUCUGACCGGUUACCUUCAGAGGUCGGAGGCCGACAUCGGGGCUACAGGCAUGUUCGUCACGAAAGAGCGGAUUCCCUUCGUGCGAUACAUUGCUUCGACUUCAGUUACGAGGAACGCCUUCAUCUUCCGCCAACCACCGCUCUCCUUCGUGACGAACAUCUUCACUCUCCCGUUCAGUCGUUCCGUCUGGUUGGCCAGCGCUGCCCUCAUCGCUGUCGCAGGUGCAAGCCUAUACUUCGCGUUAAAGUGCGAGAAGCGAAGAGACGAAGUGACUGGGAGCGAUAUUACACUCCUGUCCCUGGGCGCCGUCUGUCAACAAGGCACAACGGUGGAGGCUGAGAGCAUGCCCGGCAGGAUAGUUCUGUUCGUUCUUUUCACAACUGUCAUCUUCCUGUACACGGCCUACUCUGCCUGCAUUGUGGCCCUCCUUCAAUCGUCCACGGACGCCAUCCGAACUCUGAAGGACCUGCUCAAUAGUGGCCUCACCCUCGGGGUGGAAGACGUGGUCUACAACAGACACUACUUUCCAGCUGCCUCAGACCCCAUUCGUCGUGCGAUUUACAAUAAAGUGGGCGCUGACCGCUUCAUGAGUCUGGAAGAAGGCGUGGAGAAACUGCGGAAGGGACUGUUUGCCUUCCACAUGGAGUUGGGCCCUGGGUACGAGUUGAUCUCCGACACAUUCCUAGACGAAGAGAAGUGCGGUCUGCAGACAAUCAACUUUCUCAUUGAGAUUGUGGAGCCAUGGGUCGGCGUCAGCAAAACAACGCCCUUGACGGAAAUUCUCUCAGUGGCAUACCGGAAGGUGAAAGAGUUCGGGCUGCAGCACCGGGAAAAUUCGCGCUUUUACCAGACGAAGCCGAAGUGCGUGACUCGAGGCUCCAUGUUUGUGAGUGUGGGCCUGGUCGACUGCUACGCCGCGCUGCUAAUGCUAGCAUGUGGCUUGCUGUUUUCCGGAGCUGUGCUGCUGAUGGAGUUCCUGACAAUGACUCUCCACAGCUACAAGAACUCUGUCGUGACCUUCGAUGACAGGGAAGAACACCUGGUCAGGGACACUGAUGUUUCUCUUCGCCCAGACCAGCUGGGUCCCGCCCCGCCCAAUAGGUACCAUGGGUCAAGCGACCGAAGCGUGAAACUGAUCACUCCUAUCUAGUGUCGAAGUUUAAAAUGCGUGCAGCUUACCGCCAUGCACCCUAUAUGCCUUUAUGAUAGGGGCUCUCAGAAAUAGAAGCAAGUAUAUCUCUUUGAGUCCAAUAAAAAUACUUAACUUCAGAAGUCCAUGCUAUACGGCCCCAGAGGUACUUUAUUCUCCAGCAAAAGUUAAUUGUACACACCCCUUAACAAACAAAGAGCUUCAACAUAUGGUAAUGAGAAGCAGGUCUGUAAACGUGGCCCAAGACUCGCUGUAUUGUCAGGAAUACAAUUUACAAUUCGUAUUAGCUGAAAUAAUGAAUACAUGUCAUUGAAUUCAAUGGUUCAUAAUUAACUCAACUGAAACAAUCGAUUCUGUUAAGCAACCAGCUGAUCAUUAUAGUCAGGAGCAUUUUGAAAGCGGACAGUGACUGGAUAUUCUAGUGGAAGAGCAUUAAAUGUUGUGAUACAGACCUGUUUUCAAUUAAGUUCUUAUUUAGAGUUAAGGGAUCUGCAAGGAAUUAAACGAACAGCCACAUUUAAGUUAAUACGAGUGUAAAAUGCUUCCGUCGUAUUAUUAUAAAUAUUUCGCAACUUAUUUCCUCGAGAACUUCUAGCUUGUGUCUCAACGCUUCAUGAAUUACUGACAUCUGCCUCAAGAUUUAAAUCUGCUUAACCGACAAGAUAUGUGACUUCAUUCCGUCUGGUAGCGCAACCCAUAUAAAAAGCUGGGUUAUGCCAACUACAGCCAGCAAAUACUACUAACGUACGUAAUGUUUCCUUGGGGCUUAUUUUUAAAACAGAAUUAAGAUCCACAGUUAUAGGACACAGAGCAAUAGUAACGCGAUAAAGUUUCAUUCAUGUACCAAGAAGUUCCUUCAUCAAGAGUCCGUACAGACUCCACGCACGGAUGACAUCGUAUUGUAUUUCGUGUCAAGUAUAUUUAUGGACUGAAUUCACAACACUAGGAUAAUGAGACUUCGUAAAUUUGCUGUGAGAAUACGGACGACGUUAACAAACACGUAUACCUUUUAUAACAGGACGAGACUAAUGUUCCAGAGAGUGUCAGCGUUUUAUCUCAGAAUUUGUCUCUUUUUGGAGUGGGUUAACACAUUCUACACUGAGAUUAUGUACAUUUUUGUAAAACGCGUUUUCGCAUUCUACGAGUGCACCAGACUAAUUUCAAAGUGUUUCAAUGUGUUGUAUUCAAUGAUAAAACUCAUAAUAGCAGUUAUAAUUGUACUGUAUGUAUGGAUUGCACUUGUGUUUAGUCGCAUCUGUGCAUGGUACGAAAGAGUUCGUAUCAUAUUAUGGGUUAUCAGAAAACAGCACAAGAAGUUAAAAUACUGCUUAAUAAGAGUAUGUUUCUAUUGUACAAUGACGAGACAAACAUUACAAAGAAUUUUCAUAUUUCAUACAAAGGCAAAGCUGGUAGUGAGUAAAGUGCUUACAAUUUAUAUGAAUGUGAUGCUCACAAUGAAAUAUCUAUCAUUAUCACUAAUGCCAGUGUUUUUUUUAAACAUAUUGUUGCAGAGAGUCUCACAGAAUUUAAGAAACAUGAUUAUAAUAGAACUAAAUGUAUCUUUAUAUUUAUAUUUAAGUACGAGGAUUACAUUACAAGCUGUUUUUGCUCUAUAUGAAACGACAAGUACUCUAUUAGAAGAGUGCACUCAUUCUGUUCUAAAGAGGUUAUGUAUUUAUUCCAAAGACAAAACAAAAUAAAUGCUGCAAGUGCCCUAUUAAACCAUUCAGUCCCAUACCACCAAGAGGCAUACACCAGUA